AUGCCACCAGGCCUCAACGUCAAUACAAGCCGGGCCCGCACGAUGCCUAAUCAGCCCUAUAUGCUGGAGGCCGUGGUCCCCGGACUGCACGUUGCAACGCGGAAGGCUAUCGAGGAACGCAAACACUACGGUGGCUUUCACCACGUCUUCCGGCCGGACGCCGCGAACGGGCAGGCUUUGGGGGUGGUGCACACCGUCCUCCUCUCGUUGAUCCACGACGAGAACGGAAGUGCCAUGGUCAAAGUUGGAGUCUUCUUACAAAGUUUCAACUACGACUCUCGAGAAAUAGUGAACUUGACAGGUUCGUCGACCGGCGUGAGAAGACGUUUAUAUGUGGUAACGCCUUCUGUACAUCUCAGCACCUUCUGCAAUUGA